AAAAAAAAAUUUUCGUUGCAAAUUAUUAUUAUUAUUCAAGCAAAAAAGGUUUAAUUUUUUUAUUUAAUUUGACAUUAACGCACGCUUCAACCCACCAAAAAAAACCUUAUAUAUAUUAAUCUAUUUUUUAUUUUCCGUCACAGCAAUAUUAUUAAUUAUUAUUAAAUAUAAAUAUUAUUUAUAAUUUCUAUAUAAUUUUAUAAUAAAAAUGUUCUUUUUGAUGUUUUGAUGAUAAAUUAUUAAUUAAUUAAGCGAAGAUAGCACCAAGAACGGCAAUGGCAGCGAAUGAAACUCCAGAUGAUUUAAGAGUAUUUCCGGAUGAUGCUGCUGCUGCUCCUCCUGUUGAUGAUGUUUUUGGUGCGGAAGCAGCACUGUUUGGUGGUGGUGGUGGUGGUGUUGCUGUGCCUGCUGGUGUUACUCCUUUUGGACCUCCUGCUGGUGGAGCUCCUGCUGGAGCAGCACCUGGAGCAGCACCUGGAGCAGCACCUGGAGCUGGAGCACCACCUGGAGCAGCACCUGGAGCUUUUCCGUCAGCUGGAGCUUUUCCAUCAGCUGGAGCUUUUCCAUCAGCUGGGGCUUUUCCGUCAGCUGGGGCUUUUCCGUCAGCUGGACUUUUUAUGGAGCUUUUCUCAGUGUGCAGCAACACAGGCAAUCAACAAAGUGAGAACAGCAAGAAGAAAGAAGGUACGUUUAGUGAAUUUCAUUUUUAUUAUUAUAAUAUUAUGUGGGUUUGUGAGUUAAUGAAUAUGAAUGAUUGAAAAGAAGUGGAAU